CGCCCCCGGCCUACGGAGUCAGGGGAAACGGAGUCGGGCGCUUUUAACGGGAGCGCCACCGGGGCUGGUCCGCUCCGUCCAAAGGUCCUUUGUAGCAGCAGCAGCAGCUACCUCUGACUAGCGGUUUACGUUAGCUCGGGCCGGCCCUGUUGGGUUGAGUUGGCUCGGUGUGUUACGCUCUUAAACCAGGUCAGUAAACAUGGCGGCCACGAAUCCCCGCUUCUCGAGUGACGGUGGGCCGGCCAGCAAAGAAGGGUUCCCGGCUGGAGAGAGCAGCAACGACCGAGACGGACCGGAUGGAGGCGGCAACGGCGACAGCCAACGGGACCGAGCCUCGUUCGAGUGCAACAUUUGUUUGGACACAGCCAGGGACGCUGUCAUCAGCAUGUGCGGACACUUGUUCUGCUGGCCCUGUCUUCACCAAUGGUUGGAGACGCGUCCCAGCCGGCAGCAGUGUCCCGUCUGUAAGGCAGGAAUCAGCAGAGAGAAAGUCAUCCCGCUGUACGGCAGAGGGAGCUCCAGCCAGGAAGACCCCAGGUUGAAAACUCCCCCCCGACCUCAGGGGCAGAGGGCGGAGCCGGAGGGCAGAGGCGGGAUGUUCCCGGGCUUCGGGGAGACGGGCUUCCACAUGUCGUUUGGCAUCGGAGCGUUCCCCUUCGGGUUCUUCACCACAGUCUUCAACACCAACGAUCCUUUUCACAGAGCCGACCAGUAUGCAGGGGAUCACCAGGGCAACGGUAACCUCAACAACGGCAAUAACAACAACUGGCAGGACUCUCUCUUCCUCUUUGUGGCCAUCAUCUUUUUCUUCUGGCUGCUGAGCGUGUGAUGGUGGCCAGGACGGACACACACACACAAACAGGCUGCGUUACAUAACCAGAGAGCGGGCAAAGUGUUUUGUUUCCUAAUAACAAGAAAUUCAGGUUUUCUCCUUUCAGAAACCGAUCACUGCCCUGACACACACACACACACCAUGAUAGUUUGUCCUCCCUCUCUCACCACACCUAUGGACACUGGAGUUUAAGAGUCUCGUUCUUCGUCUACAGAGUCAGUAUUACGUGAUCGGGGUGAUCUGUGUAAGGGGGGGGGGGGGAGUCAGACAUGGAUGUUUACAGCUUUCCUGCGAAUGCGUGUUCCAGGAGCUCCUGGUGAUGGAACGGCACAGCCGGUUGUGUUUUUAAACGUAACGUUUUGUCUUCACAAAAGCAGCCGUGACACUGUGAGGCCGUCUGCAGACGGCGCUGUCCUUCAGUCGCUUUUUAUUUCUGCCAUUCCCAGAGUGCAUCAGUCCUGAGAGACUGGAUUCACGUUUCAGGAAGUUUAGCAGCUGGUUUUACUACACAACGUGCAAGAUGAAUAAAGUGAGGCGGCGAAAAUCCUCAGAAAGCACUUUGGUCACAGAUAAUUGUGUCGGUGUGAGCGUGUAAACGUUAUAUAUUUGUACAUAUGAAUGUUGUAAGUGCUGUUUUUAUGUGUUUCUGACCUGAUGAGCGGCCGUGGAGAGCUGGAGAUGGGAGAUAAGUGUGUGUGAAGCUGGAAGCGAUCCCGAUCCGGGUUUUCCAAACCUAGACUCCAACGAUGCAGGAUCAAAUUAAAAGCUUCCUUGCCCAUUAAUGUGAAUGAGCUCCUGGUGAUGUCAGUGUUCCCAUCGUCCACAAUGCGUCUCGACAGUUCCUCUUUAAUCUGAGUUUGAUGGUCACACUGGGGUCAAAGGUCAGACAUCUCCUGGUCUGCUGGGACUUGUGUCCGUCUGUCUGAUCGUUACUUUUUGUAUUUAGGGGCUGAUUAACACUAAACCACGUAAUUGGAUUGGUCAGAUCUUGUUCAAAACCAAAAUGUUGUUGGAGAUUAAAAGUUGAUUAAAACUGUAAA